AUGGAUUGCACCAUCAAGAUGGAAAAAGACUACAUCUUCCAAAAUUCCUACCAGCACAGCUACCCUGUGGGUAUUGACUGGGAAUUCAGCAAAGUGCCUGAUGCUAUUACCAUGUACAGUGCUUUUUCACAGUACUUUGAGAAAAGGCUGGGCCUGUUUAGUGGCAGGGAGAGCAAAGAGGCGCUGUCAGUUGUAAGUGAGGAUCAGUCCAUCUUUGACCCAGCCUUUGCCUCUUCGCACCUCUUGAAGACGGAGGUGUCUCCAGUGGAUGAUUAUGGGAGCAAGGAAGACCCAGGGUUGGAAGACCCCUCGUGGUCCACCCAGAUCAAUAACCGAGGCCAUAUGGUGAAACAGGAGAACGAGCAAGUCAAUUGCUCCAGCAGCAGACAAUCACCGGUGGAGUGCAGUGCCACCCGCAGGAACAAAGUGGAAGCUGCAGUCGACACAUCCCAAGUGCCCUACCCAGCUGGAUACCCCAACCAACGUAGUCCCCCCGUUUCUUCAUCCAGAGAGGAAAAGGUCAUCGUUCCAGCAGAUCCAGGUGUUUGGAGUUGCGAUCAUGUCCGUCAGUGGCUGGACUGGGCGGUGAAGGAGUAUGGCCUUCCUGACAUCGAAACCAGCCUCUUUCAGCACAUAGAUGGAAAGGAGCUCUGCAAACUUGGGAAGGAAGGGUUCCUACGCCUCACAUCGCCGUACAACACCGAAAUCUUGCUGUCCCACCUCACCUACCUGCGCCAGAGCAGUCCCACUUUCACUUAUCCAUCUGCACCAGUUAUUACCCAGCAGCCCCCUCCGCCUCCACCGAGGGCCCAAGUCAAAACUGAGUCUGCAUAUGAUGAAAUCCGACGAAGCAGCUGGGGCAGCAGUGCGGUAAACACCACUCCCAAAGGUUCCCCACCGCAGAUCCAGACGGUGAGCCGGAUCCCGGAUUCUACACGCAUUGCACCUGAUCCAUACCAAGUCCUUGGGCCCACUAGCAGCCGCUUGGCAAACCCAGGGAGCGGUCAGAUCCAGCUGUGGCAAUUUCUCCUGGAGUUGCUCUCGGACAGCAACAAUGCCAGCUGCAUCACCUGGGAGGGGACCAACGGUGAGUUCAAGAUGACGGAUCCCGAUGAAGUGGCGCGGCGAUGGGGCGAGCGCAAGAGUAAGCCCAACAUGAACUAUGACAAGCUGAGCCGGGCGUUGCGCUACUACUAUGACAAGAACAUCAUGACCAAGGUGCAUGGCAAGCGCUACGCCUACAAGUUCGACUUCCAGGGCAUCAACCAAGCCCAGCAGGGGCAGCCGGGUGAGCCAGCCCUUUACAAAUACCACCACACGGAACUGCCUUACCUGCCCCCCUACCACCAGCAGAAGGUGGGCUUCGGCCUGGGCCAUAGCACGCAGAUGCCCGCCUCAUCCUCAGGUUUUUUCGGCCCACCUGCCCCGUAUUGGAAUUCCACAGGGGGGAACCUCUAUCAGAACCCCCCUGUGUCCAGGCAGGCUACCAACCAUUUGGGCUCUUUCUUCUAA